AUUCUGUGCACAAGGCAGACGCCAACCGAACAGUUAUAAGGCCGUUCAUACUUCCUUCUCGUCACAGUCGACCGCUAGCUUCACUGCAGGAUCACGUUUGAACGCAGGCUAAAAGUCCAUCACUUUUCUUUCCUGUCUUCGCUGUGGUCUAUUAAAGAAGAUGGGUACUCGCACUCCUAUAUUGCUUCGUCCUCACUGGACUAUCAACAACCAGUUGACUCUGCCAUUAGUGGCGGUUGAUAACAACGGUAGAACAGCGAUUCGUGGACUCAUGCAGUUGAUCAUUCCGAUUACCAUAUUCAUUGAUACAAUUUUCAGUGAUAAAGCUGGUUACACUGCAAGGUCAUUCGGCAAUGAAAAGUAUCAAGUCUACAAGUCGGUGGAAGGCAUAUUACAAUCAACAGGAAUAGAUGGAAAAGCCUGUUUACUUCGCACGAUAUGCGAAAUGCAAACAAACCCAAUUGGGGAGUUUACCGUUGUGGGGGAGAUCAUAACUAUUCUAUUAAGUCCAAAACGAGGAAUCAAUGAUUUUUUACACGAAUACAUCGAUGCUGAACAGAUAGGCCAAUCGUCUAACAUGACUUGUGCUAGAGAGUUCUCAGACUGUCCCAUUUCACUUUACAACCUGUUCCGCUCAUCACGUGGAGAUUCAAACGAAAUGGAGCUCGAUGAAGAUGAAGAAAAUGAAUCUUCGGAUACAGUAGACGGUGAAGAGGCUAGUGAACUACAUUUGGAAAACAACAGCAACCGUCUGGUUGACCAUUCUGAAGAAGUAACGAAUCAUUUUCUAGUGGAGAAGGAUGUGCAUCACAGUAUCCGAAAUGGAAUUGAACACUAACCGUUUAAAUUGAACAAUGUUAAUAUUGACGUCCACUUCGGCAUCGCCUGUGUGUUUACAUCUAUCGAGAAAGAAUUAUCACGGGUAAAGGGUUCAUUUGUAUAAUUGUUAAAACACGAAAAAGAAAAAAUCAAAAGUAUCGACUGACAUCAAAUCGCUUUUCUAUGAUGGAAUGGUGAAAUUCCGGAUCGCUUAUACGUAAAAUGAUUUGCGAGCAAGCAACAUAAAAAACAUUUAGGGAUGAAGGUUAACGUUCAAACGAAGUUAACCUACAUUCCUAGUAGUUUCCGAUUGUUGCUGCAAGAGAUGACGUUUUAGUUUAUGAAAAGCGACUAUCAUUAUUUAUUAUUGACCUAUUGUAAAAGUUGCAGGCAUGUUACAAAUAAAGAAAAAUGUAUAAUGGA